GUUAAUUUCGGCGACGCGUGUGGUCUGAUCGACACGCGCCUCUCCUGCCGAUUUGCAUGCUGCAUGUCAGCGUCGCAUCUAGGCAAGGAUAUGAGGAUGAUCCAAGCGAUGAUCCACUGUGUCUUGCCCUAUCUCCAUGGCAUCGGUCGCAAUUGGGGUUUUCCUCGCUGUCCUUGCCGCCAUUUGCAAUGGCACCUUCACGAUCUUCUCCAAGAUGGAGGCGGUGAGGAGAGCGCGCGUUGAUCCACUCAUCUUCAACUUCUGGGCAUGCAUUGGAAUCGCGGUGACGAGCUUCCUGGCAUUGAUCUUCGUGCACAAGCUGGUUUUUACUCCUCUGGGACUUCUCAGUGGGCUCUUCUUCGUCGUCUCGGCCGCCAAUGCCUACCGAGCUGUGCGAUUGAUCGGCGUCUCAGUUGGCACUGGCAUUUGGUGUGGAACCGCUGUUGUUGUUUCUUUCCUCGCUGGCUUGAUCUUUGAUCCUCACGGGCAUGUCCGAAGCUUGGCUUUGGCCAUCAUAGGCAUGUUGAUUCUUCUAGCAGGAAUUUGCUCUUUGGCCGCAGCUGGACAUAUGGGCCGCGUAGCGACUGGUCGAGAAGACGAACUAGACACGCUACUCUAUCGUCCAAGUGGUGAGGACAGGAUUAGCGACAACUUCACUCAUGGAGUCAUCGCAGCAGUCUUGGCUGGAAUUCUGGGAGGUCUAGUCAUGCUUCCGAUGACCAGAGCGAAACACGCAGCUAGAGGACUCACCUAUCUUCCAUCGUUUGCAAUCGGAGUUCUCAUAUUUGCACCCAUAGUGACUGUUAUUCCAUACUUGUCCGCGACCAGCCGAACAUGGCCGCCGCUCAAUCCGAAAGUUGCUUCUGGACCAGGGCUCGUCUCGGGCCUUAUUUGGAACAUAGGAAACGCGCUUAGCAUCCUGAGCAUUCUCUACGUCGGCUACACAGUAGCUUAUCCCAUAAUGCAAUGCGGGAUCUUCGUCGCUGGUUUGUGGGGUAUGUUCCUGUUUGGAGAGAUCUCUGGAAACGCUGCUUCGCUCUUCUGGGGAUCGGGAGCCAUGGUUCUCAUAGGAAUUGUAUUGCUCGCAUUGGCCAAGUAAAAAUAACAUAAAGGAAAAAUUUCUUAAAGCCCAA